AUGGUUCAAGGCACUAGACAAUGGCAUGAGAAGCUACCUUUUGCACUUUUAGGAUAUCGCACAACAGUGCGCUCCUCGAUUGGUGCAACUCCUUAUUUGCUGGUGUAUGGGACUGAGGCUGUGAUACCAGUGGAAGUCGAAAUUCCAUCUCUUCGAAUUAUUGUAGAGGUUGAAAUUGAAGAUACUAAAUGGGUCAAAACCCGACUAGAGCAGCUCACAUUAAUAGAUGAGAAGCGAUUGACGGUCGUCUGUUUUGGUCAGCUUUAUCAGCAAAGGAUAGCUCGUGCAUACAACAAAAAGGUGCACCCAAGACACUUUAAAGUGGAUCAACUGGUCUUAAAGCGCAUACUCCUGCACCAAGAAGAGGCCAAGAUAAAGUUUGCCCCAAAUUGGCAAGGUAGAUAUCUUAUCAAGGAAGUGCUAUCCAAAUGA